UAAUAAUAACGAAAAUAUAAAAAAAAACCUUCCUUCAAGAUCUGUUAAUGAGAAUCUGAAGAUCCAUUUCGUCUUCUUUGGAAAGCGUUUGAGAGAGAGAGAGGGAUGGGGUGUACGUUCUCCGGUCUAAACGCGCUGUACGACGCCGUUAAUGGCGGAGGGGACGUCUGGAUCAACGAAAACAGGUUCAGGAUCUUGCGGCAGCUCGGCGAGGGUGGAUUUGCCUACGUCUUUUUGGUCAAAGAAGUCAUCACCGACACCUCUUCUGUUACCUCCGGUGGUCUCGCCAAGAAAGUCAAAGACACGUCUCACCUCUCCGAUGAUGGAACUUAUGCAAUGAAGAAAGUUCUGAUUCAGAACAAUGAGCAGCUGGAGUUGGUGAGAGAGGAGAUUCGUGUUUCGUCUUUAUUUAGUCACCGAAAUCUGCUUCCGCUUCUUGAUCACGCCAUAAUUGCUAUUAAGAAUAACCAAGAAGGAUCGUGGAAUCAUGAAGCAUACUUGUUAUUUCCAGUUCAUUUGGAUGGAACCCUACUGGACAAUGCCAAAGCUAUGAAAGCAAAGAAGGAAUUCUUUUCUACAUCAGAUGUUCUCCAAAUUUUUCGCCAGCUUUGUGCAGGACUCAAACACAUGCACAGUCUUGAACCUCCAUAUGCUCAUAAUGAUGUCAAACCUGGUAAUGUUCUUAUUACUCAUAGAAAAGGCCAACCGCCUCUCGCAAUAUUGAUGGAUUUUGGGAGUGCUCGACCUGCAAGGAGGCAAAUUCGGUCUCGUUCAGAAGCUUUGCAGUUGCAGGAAUGGGCAGCUACACAUUGUUCCGCACCUUACAGGGCUCCUGAGCUGUGGGACUGCCCAAGCCAUGCUGAUAUUGAUGAGAGAACUGAUAUUUGGUCACUAGGAUGCACUUUAUAUGCAAUAAUGUAUGGAGUAUCUCCAUUUGAGUAUGCACUAGGAGAGUCUGGAGGAAGCCUGCAAUUGGCUGUUGUAAAUGCACAAAUAAAAUGGCCAGCUGGACCAAAUCCCCCAUAUCCAGACGCUCUCCACAAGUUUGUUACAUGGAUGCUUCAGUCUCAGGCUGCAGUUCGCCCCUGCAUCGACGAUAUCAUAAUUCAUGUUGACAAGUUGAUUGUAAAAUUUUCUGAGUGAGAUGAUGUGGUAAAAGACAGUGGAAUACACGGGUUGACUGAGUAAACUUUGGCAGAUUGGGCUAUAACCGCAGGUCAUCCAGCACAUAUGUUGUAGUUAGAAGUGGAAACAGAAGUGAAAGCAAUACCAAUUUGAAGUUAAAAUAUUGCACAGAUAAUUGCAUUUUGAAGUAAUUUUGGCAGUUGUGCAUUGAAUCCAUAUUAUUAGUGUAUUGUUUUUGUGGCAACCAUUUAAUUUUAUCAUCUGUAAUUUAUUAAAGUUCAGAUCUCCUGUUGCACACCAAGAUUCAUUUGUGUAGUAAAUCCACAAUAAUUUGUGAUAUGAUCUCUUAAUUUUUGUUUAUAGUUAA